UCAUUUGAAUUAUAUCUUUGUCAUAGUUGCUGUGGGUCCUUGCAGCGUUGUGUUAUGCCCCGCUUAGCUUUGAAUAAUUUCUUGUAUCGAGGAGAGUUGAGUGAGAAUUUGCAAAAUGUUACCUGGGUGGAGGAAAUGGCUUGCUCUAUUUACCAUACAACUGCACAUGUAUCCCGUAUAUAUGGUUCAUCUGAUAGUGCUGAUCCUUUGCAGUUACAUGGAAAUGUUUGUGCACAUCCAUUGAAUAUUUGUUCAGUUGCUAAGCGGUUGCCAUGGAGUCCAGCUGACUUGAAUGAUUUAAUAACUGUAGUGUUUGUUAACAAAACUAAGUUACAAGCGCAAGAUUUGCAAAAACUCAAACCAUACUUUGUGAGGCGGAGUAUCAUUCGUAUGUUAUUGUUUGAGUUAUGCAAAUAUAACCGUCUUUAUGCUGGCUUGUAUUCAUUGGAUAAUAGUAUACUGUCAAUGUUUCCUGAAAAUGGUUUAUUGCCAGGUUUGGAAGAAAGG